GAGAAACUGAUCAUUUUAAAUGGUCUCUUAAUUUUUUCCAGAGUUGUACUAGUAAUGGGUAGAGUUAGGCAUAAAUACAGUAGCAAAAACGAACAGAAGUCAAUACAAAAUCCUCAGUUUGUAUAGAAGUACAAGGAUGUUUAUUUGCACAUUAAAAUAAUAUGUUUUAAAUGGAGAAAUACAACCAGCAUUGACCUGGUUUCUCAUUUUAAAACGUAGAACAACCGUGCGUUCAGUGAAUCACAUUAUUAUGUUACCUGUUUGUGAGGGAGAGGCUGCCGUCGCCAGUGUCAGCUUGCGAUGCCGAGUGUAAGGUUUCUUCAACGAAGAGAGAAGACGUGAUCUUCAUGGUUGCAGAUCCCCAGAGUGAGCUGCAGUUAUCUUAUCCUUGAAUCGCUGGUGAAUUUCUUCAGAUCCGGAAGUGAUUUGACGUCAUCUGGUGGUCAAAUAUGGCUGGAUCUGGCAUCGCUAUCAGGCUGCAUGAGUUCAGACAGUCUCAGGACUCCAAAGAACUCGACUGGGCCGCAAUUUUACCUAAAAGAACAUCAUGUCUGGGAAGAGAUGUGCGUGGUCUGUAUCCAGGCCAAGUGGCACGAGUCCAUACCAUGAAGGAUUGUGGCAGUGAAAGGUCCAGCUGUCUCCAGGAGGUCCAGCCUCCUGAGUCUCCGUACUUUCAGCCAAGUUUCGACUUCCGGACCCUGAGAGCUCUGAGUCUCCUCCGUCAAGAUCCCGAUGCAUGGAAACAGCGCCACCACCAGACGACUUACCAGGAGCACUUUGGACUUCAAUCUGUUUUCUUUCCUCAAUCAUAGAUUCUUCACUCCUUUGACAUAAAUAAAUAAAUAAAUAAAUAAAUAAAUAAAUAAAAAAAAGACUAAAACCAUUCAAAUCUAAAUAUUAAAAAUGUGACCUUUAGAAAAAAAUUAUAUAUUAGUUCUUAUUUUGGUUGGUGUGUUUUUACUUAAUUGCUGCUAAAUAUUCUAUUUAUGAUCAUGUGCAGUGUGGUUUUAUGGCCACCAGAGGGAGCCCUUCCUUGUGAUAUUGUCGUCUUUAGAAGGAAAUAGAGCAUGACAACUUGUUACAUCUUAUAAAUGUGAUCAAAUAAAAUAUAUCCAUUCACCUCAUUAUAUUUUAGUUAAUUAGAGACAUAUUUGGGUGAAUUGUUUCAAACCAUUUGUAAGUUUAAUGUAAUGUCACAAUAAAGGCACCUG